AUGACCCAAGACCAACAAACCCAGCAGUCCCAGCCAUCAGCAGACACCCCGGCUGUGAUGGCGCCACGAGGCCAAACUGUGACGAACACUCACUGCACAGAUAUACAGUUCGACAAGGCUCGCAGGACGCUGGAAAACUAUCGCGAGAUCGCCAAGAGGGGGAAUCUUGAACGGUCCUACGUUCUGCAGCAGCAGCAUGACAACCUCAACGCUCGCUGGUCGAGCAGCUACGGCGAGCUGCAGAAGGAAGUACAGAAAAGGACUCGAGAUUUCCAAAGCGUCGCCAAAGACCUUGAAGAUCUCAAGAUCAAGCUGAAGGAGCAGGUGGCAUACAACCAGACCACCGAGCUGGCGUCUCGCGAGCUUCGAGCCACCGUCGAACUUCAAAACCGCGAGAUUCUUCGGUCACAAUCGCUCCACUUCCAGAGCGAGACCCUGGAACGAGAGCUGGCAGAGUCCAAGUCGGUAAACCAGGCGGUCGAAGCGGUCUUGGUGAUGAAAAAGCAGCGCAUCAGCGAGCUCGAAUCCGACCUGAAGGCGAUCGGCGUCAAGAACGAACAGGCAGUAGUUGAUAAGGCUGAGCACGAGUCGCUCAAAUUGCAAUUUGAUGCCCUGGAAGCCGAGCAUGCCGAGACACUGGACAUUGCCAGCGGUCUGUUUGAGGGCGAAGCUGGCAGCACGCCUGCCGAGCUCAUUGGCCAGAACAGAGCUUUGGAGCAGCAACUGCGCGAGCUUCGAGCUGAGAAUGGGUCUCUGGCGGAGCGGCUAGAGGGGGCGGAAAAGGAGUGCAAUGGGUCGUCCCGCAAUCUGCGCACCGCCGGAAGCAAAGGACUGGGUCCGGAGGAGAAGGGCGAUAGUGUCUCGGCAAUCAUGGGCGAUGAAGGGAAGGGGAGGAAGAGAAAGCGAACCAAGUAG